GGUUUCUCUCUAGAAAUCCUAGUCGCCGCAGGACCUCCCUUUCUCUCUCAUCGUCAUCGGCUGUUUUUGGCAAAGUAGCAGUGUGCAACUGCCAUGCUGCAGUAGUGCUCAACCAAUUUGGGCAAAGCAAUUAAUGCUUUGCCUUUUUUGCACCAUACUUUAGCCAAACGAGGGUUUAAGGAGCAAGGAAUCUCCAAGUCCAAUCUCGACAUUUGGCUGCAUGCAAAAGAGGUAACUUUCUUCCCUUUUAGUUAUUUUUAGCAUUUUUUCAUUGCUAAGGCCUCAUUUGUUUGCACUUAAUGGAGGUCUGGAUCUUAAUCAUUCAGAUCUCAGUGAUUAAGUGUGUUUGUUCUUUGGGUCUGAAUCUUAAUCAUUCAGAUCCAGUCCAUUAAGUGCACUUGUUUUGUCUCUUUUAAAAGCUCUUAAUGGGUCUGAAUAGGUCUGAAUGAAUCAGAUAUGUAAUAAAGUCUUAACACAAUUCAGACUCUUCAAAUAUAUAUAUUUUUUUCAGCCAAACUUUCACGCUGGUCUUCUUCCUUUGUGCAAAAAAAAUAAUUUCACUCUUCCCUCUCUAACUAUCUAUCGACAACCAAUUUAUUUUCCUCUUAAACUGGUAAGGUUCUAAAAUCUUUACCCACUUGAUGAUUAUUAAGCACUCGAAGAACAUGAAUAUUUCUACAAAAGAAGAUUUAAUUUAUUUAUACUAUGUACUGGUAAAUCUACACUAAAUUAAAAUGGGAUUGGAAAAAACUGAUACAUAUAAUUCUUAGAUAAAUAAUAUUUAUAGUUCGCCCAUUUAAGGCUUGGUGUUCGUGUAAGCUUCUUAUAAUAAUAUGCAUGUUCACAAUUAUCAAAAGGUGUUUUUAGAGGGAUAAUUGCAUAUGCAGUUUAAAAAGGAUUAUGAAUGCAUAUGCAAGCAAUUUCUCAAGAAAACUAGUUCUCAGCAUUUAAAAUUUCACGUUACCUUGUUAGAAUAAUUUUUUAUACUGAUUUCAGAUCGUUCAAAAUAUUUGUCAAAGAUAAAAUAUACAUUUAUAUCUUCGAAAUAUUAUUUUCUAUCAAAAAAUAAUUUUAUUUUAUUGUAAUGAGUUUUUUGUAAUAUUUUAUUGAUAUAAUGUUUAAUUCCUACUUUUAUUUGAAUAUUAUACUGAAUAUGUUUAAAAAAUAUAAAUUAUCUACAUUUAGAUAUCGAAAACAAAUAUUCUUAAUCAUUCAGCGUUUAGAUCUAGAGAUAACAUCUUAAUAUUUUUGAUGUGUAUUCAGAUUGAGACCCCUAAAUCUUAAUGCACAUCUUAAUAUUCAAAUAUGUAUUCAGAUUCAGAUGUCUUAAUCUUAAUGAAAACAAAUGAGGCCUAAGUGUUUAUGUGUGUUAGUUUCUGGUUUAGCUAUGUUUAGUUUGUUUUGCUGGUUUGUUAGUAAUGUAGUCCUUGUGAUGUCGUUAUAUUAGUCCUGUAUGUUAUUAGCUCAGUUUCAGGCCAUGUUUGGCUACUAUUGGUUUAAGCUUAGUUUUUGUUUCCUGUUUUAAUAGGCUUGGUUUUUAUAUGUUCUAGUUUAGUUAAUUGUCUGUCUAUUUAUCAGUGUCUUGUUGGAUUUAAUAGUUUGUAUAUGUUGUAAAUAUGUUAGAUUAAGUCAGUUUAAAAAUAUUCAUGCCUGCUUAUUGUAAGUACUUGUGAGUUGGUUGUUAAUCUAGCAUGAUAGGUGGUGGAGCAUUACAAGGCUUGUUUUAUUUAAAUCAGCAUGGUAUCACUGCUUAUGAUGGUUUAACCCUUUUUAAUUAUUAACUAGCUUAAACCUCAUUAUGUGUUGGAACUAGUUAAAUGCAAUCAUGAUCAAUCUGUAAGGGUGUACAUGUAUGCUUAGAUGUUAUUAUAAACAACCCCCAUAAAUCUUUAAAUCUCUUUAUCAUUAGAAUGAGUCCUUAUAUGCAAUAUCACUGCCUAAUUUAAAUUGUUUGGGGUCUGUUAUUAUCCAUGAUUAACUUCAAACAAGUUCUGAUUACCUAUCAGUGCAUAUUAAGGUUAUAUCCUAGAGGUCAAGUUGGAUUUUAGGUGUGUAUGUAUAACUUGGAAUCUAAGCAUUUUUAUUUAACUAUCAAAAUGCCUAAGUGUGACAGCCUCUGAGUAUCUAUAUGUUUGCUUCUAAUAUUGUCAUUAGUACACUUAAGACAUGGUCUAAUCAUUUGCUUUGCCCAAAAACUUUGAAGUACUCUCCUCUUGGCUGAUUUGUGUAAAAUGGGAAACAUGCCUUUGUAUGAUCAAUGAUUCCCUAUGCUCCUCCCUUUGACUAAAAUUUGUCUAUAAGUACUGCAAGCGUUCUUAUUUGAGUAGGUCAUAUCAUUUGUAGUAAAAUCAAGUAUGGUUGUCUAUUUGCUGGCUUAAGGAAGCUUAAACUUCUCUGGAGGUGACAUGUUUGACCCUGUUUUCUGCUCCUUGAGACUUUUUUUUUUUGCUGUUAGAUCUAAGUGGUCCAUUUACAUGCUAAUGUUCACCCUCCUGCAUGGUUCAUGUCUCUGUUUGUGCUUAAUUUAAACAUGGGAAAAGGGUCAAAAAUAUCCCUCUACUUUAAGAAAAGGGCUAAAAAUAUCCUCCGAACUUAUUUUGGGUUAAAAAUACCCUUUCCAUUACGAAACUUUUCACCUAUGCCCUUCUGUUAACAAAACCGUCCAAUGCCCCAAAAAAACCCAAAAUUUUGACCCGACCUGAAUUGUACCCGACCCAAAUAAAAUAAAACCCCUUAGCUUCCAAACACGACUCAAACCUUCAUCAACAUCAGAGAGGGAGAGAGAACACUGUAGAGAGAGAAAAGUGGCGGUUCCAUCUUUCUACUAGGGUUCCGCCGAUUUGCUCUAUUACAACACCAUAAAGAUUAUUUAAGAUGGUUUUGGUUGAUUUGGUAUUUCACCAUGGUGGUGUAUGGAUAAGAGAUCCAAAACUGCUAUAUUCUAUAAAGAAUGUUCACAAAUGGGAAGGUUAUGAUCCUGAUCUCUUAUCUUAUAUAGAUAUCGUUAAUGAAUACAAAAAUAGUUUAGGGUUUGUGGGUGUUCAACAACUGAUUGUGUCUGUCCCUUCUGGAAAAUAUUAUGAAAUAGAAGGUGAUGAUGGGAUUAGGACAUUAUUGUCUUUUGUUAAUGGUGAGUUUGAUGUGAUAAACCUAUUUGCUGUUGAGGAUAAUGAAUUGUCUGUUGAUGUUGAGAACAUAAAGGUUAAUGAUGCAGCUACAGACUGUAGCUCUCAUGGUACUGAUAAUGGUAGUAAUGAUGGGGCUGAUGAAUCUGAUUAUGAUAGUGCACAGAUGGAGGCUUUUGCAAAAGAAAGAAAUAGAACAAUCAAUGCAAAGUUGUCUAAUUAUAAGGACUUACACAAAUUUAUGACAUUCAAAGGUAUAAAUGAAGCUAGGAGAUACAUGAGCUUAUAUGCAUUGUGCCAUGGUUAUAAUUUUACUUUGAAAAAAAGUGAUCCAUUAAAGGUUAGGUAUACCUGUAAAAAAGAAUGCAACUUUGUGUGUCUAAUUUCUGGUGAAAAAAAUGUUGCUGGUGUUAGUGUGAAAACACUAAAAGGAGAACAUAAGUGUGAACCUUCCUUUGAAAACCAUAGUGUUAAGGCAAAUACAAUUGCAUACUACUUCAAGGAAAAGGUACAAGGUAACCCCAAAUAUAAGAUUAAAGAUAUGAGAGCUGAUCUUAAAACAGCUUUUAACAUUAAUGCUUCCUUUGGUAAGGCUAAGAGAGCCAAAAGAAUGAUUUUGGAAGAUUUGGAAGGUAGUUUCGUUGAUGAUUAUAAAAAGCUUGUUGGAUAUGUAAAUGCCUUGAAGGAGAGUAAUCCAGGAAGUGAUAUCAUCCUCAAGGUUUCAAAAGUUGCACUUGCAGAAGGCAAACGAAGAUUUUUGAGGAUGUACAUUUGUUUUGAUGCUCUGAAGAAGGGGUUUAGAGCAGGACUGAGACCCUUUAUUGGCUUGGAUGGGACAUUUUUGAAAGGUAAAGCCAAAGGUCAAAUAUUAACUGUUGUUGCUCAAGACUCAAUGAACCACUUUUAUCCCAUUGCUUGGGCUGUUGUGGACAAAGAAACCAAAGCUACUUGGCUUUGGUUCUUGGAAUUGCUUGGGAAGUCUCUAAACUUCAACAAUGGAGAAGGGAUCACAUUAGUCUCAGACAUGCAAAAGGGACUAAUUGAGGCAGUCCAACAAGCUCUACCUGCUGCUUUGCAUAGGUUUUGUGUGAAACACAUAAAAGCUAAUUGGAGAAAGAAAGGGAAGAAAACCAAAGAAAUGACUAAGGUUCUUUGGUGGUGUGCAUGGAGCACCUAUAGAGAGGAGUUGGAUGGUCAUCUGAAGACAUUGGGUGAUUUGUCAGAAGAAGCCAAAGACCACUUGUUGGACUACCCAAUAGAAACUUGGUGUAGGACUUUCUUUGACACAGUUUGCAAGAAUCAGAAAGUGGAAAACAACUUGGUUGAAUCAUUCAACUCCUGGAUAUUGGUACCUAGACACAAAGCUAUCAUUGGGAUGCUUGAGGAAAUAAGAAUAAAGGUGAUGGAGAUGGUGAGCAACAAUGAAGAAGAGGUGUUGACUUGGGCUACUGAAUGGAGUCCAGAAUCUAUACAAAUGUACAAUGAAUUUCAGAAGAUUGCUACUAGGUGUACUUUACAUUUCAAUGGGGAUUAUGGGUUUGAGGUGAGUGAAGGGAAUGACAAGCACAUUGUCAAUUUUUCUAUUAAGAAGUGCACUUGCAGGGUGUGGGACCUCACUGGAAUCCCAUGUCCCCAUGCAAUCAAGGCACUUCAUUACAAGAAGCUUGAUCCCUUGAAAGAGAUCCACUGGUGGUACUCAAAAGAAGCAUAUCUCUUGACUUAUCAUCACAAGUUACAACCAGUUCCAGGACCAAAGUUCUGGAAAAUAGAUCCAGCAGAAGCAAUGGAACCACCACCUUUGGUAAACAUGGCUGGCAGACCUAGAGAGAAAAGAAAAAGAGACAAAGAUGAAGCACUUAAGAGGCAAACUGGGUGGGUUGCACUAAGGAAAGGAAGAGUUAUAACAUGUUCAACUUGUGGACUUAUUGGACAUAAUGCUAGGGGUUGUGGAAAGUUGGACAAAAUGAAUGGUGAAGGCACUUCUAAGAGUGGCCAGUUGAAGGGUAAGAAGGACAAGAAGCCAAUGAAGAGACCAAGCAAGAACAAACAACCAAUGAAGUGGCCAAGCAAGGACAAGCAACCAAUGAACAUGAAAAUGAGACUAGUCGAUGAAGAAGUUGUGGAUGAAGGACCUCUUAUAUUCCUUGAUAUUGCAAUAGUGGAUGACUUGCUCUUGUCAGCUCCACAACCUAGUCAGUCCAUAUUUGAUCCAUCCCCUAGCGAUCAUGAUUUUGAAUAUCCUGGACUUGAACUUGAAGAAGAUCUACCUUUGAGGCCAAGAGGUGUGUCAGAGUUGAAGUCUAGACUCCAACAAAGACAGAAGCAACCCAUACUAACUGGAUCAAGACAAAUCAGCUUCAUUGGUGAUGCUAGAGGUUUAAGCAAACCAAGUGAGUUAUAUGCACCAAAAGGUCUCUCAUCGAAUGGUAAUAUAUCUCUUAUUGGAAGACAGACAGAGCAGAUGAGAGUGGAGAAAAUUAAGGCAAGGAAGGGUAAUGGGAAGGCACAACAGUGAAGGAGUUAUGUACCAACUGAAACUUGGUGUAUUUUUGAGAAAACUUUAAAACUUUCAUUGAUGUAAUUAGUGUUGUUGAUGGCACAAACUUAGCGAUCAUGGUUCAGUAGUUGAUUGUGGCAAUGGGAUGUCCUUUUAUCACUUUUUGUUGCAUCUUUUUGGGGUUAUAACAUGACAUCCCUCAUGUAAUGAACAAACUUUUAGAUUUGCUGCCCAAUUAAUAUAUGAAGUUGUUA